ACUUUGGCCAGCUGAUUAACAACACGAGAAUUGCUCCAUAUUUACUUCUAUUUUGCUUUUAAUUUUCAUAAAAUUACUCUGAAAUGAAUAUCUUUGUUAUAAUACAUUUACUUCUGCAACUAGGCAGCAACGUUUUGGCAUAUAAUGGCUCAGAUUUAUUCGAAAGUAAUCCUCAUAAGAAACAUUUAUUUGAUGAUCUCUUAAGUAAUUACAACCGAUUGAUUAGACCCGUUCAUAAUCAUUCAGAAAAUUUAACUGUAUGGGUGGGUUUGAAACUUACUCAGUUAACAGAAAUGAACCUUAAAAGUCAAGUAAUGACAACAAGUGUUUGGCUGGUUCAAAAAUGGUUUGAUUGUAAUUUGAAAUGGAAUCCUGACGACUACGGUGGUUUAGAGGUCAUUUAUGUACCAUCUGAUCAUAUUUGGUUACCAGAUAUAGUACUGUUUAAUAAUGCUGACGGAAAUUAUGAAGUGACUUUAAUGACGAAAGCCGUACUAAAGUAUACUGGAGAAGUUUUGUGGACACCGCCAGCAAUUUACAAAUCUUACUGUGAAAUUAAUGUGCUUUAUUUUCCGUUUGAUGAACAAACUUGUUACAUGAUGUUUGGUUCCUGGACAUAUAAUGGAGUUCAGGUGGAUCUGAGGCAUAUUGAUCAAACUUCAGGUAGUAAUAAAGUAGAUGUCGGUAUAGAUCUCAGUGAAUUUUAUUUGUCCGUCGAGUGGGACGUGCUUGAAGUUCCUGCUUAUAGAAACGAAGAAUAUUACCCGUGUUGUUCUGAACCAUAUCCCGAUAUUACUUUCAACAUUAAAAUGAGACGCAAAACACUAUUUUAUACAGUAAAUUUGAUAAUUCCAUGCGUUGGCCUUACUUUCAUGACAGUUUUAGUGUUUUAUUUACCAUCAGAUUCUGGAGAAAAAGUCACUUUAUGCAGUAACAUACUUGUUUCACUAACUGUGUUUUUUUUGCUUUUGGCUGAAAUUAUUCCUCCAACAUCCCUUGCAGUACCCCUUCUCGGUAAAUAUCUGCUCUUCACUAUGGUCUUAGUUUCAAUGUCUAUAGGCAUGACAGUGGUGGUUUUAAAUAUUCAUUUUCGGUCACCAUCUACACAUACUCUCACUCCGUGGGUAAGAACCGUGUUUCUGCAUAUGAUGCCUCAAAUUCUAAUGAUGCGUCGGCCACCGUAUUCGUUAAUGACAAACGAUGGUUUUCAAAGUUCUCCUGGAUAUUUCAGUGAAUUGGACUACAGCCGUGAUAGUAUUAGUGACAGUGGCGGAGUUGAUCUAAAACCACCAGCGUCUUUGACUCAGAGACAUUGGUCUUUCAAAAAGAUUCAAUCUGUACAACCGCGUGUUUAUCCUGAUAAUGUUCUCCCUAAAACCAUGUCGCCAGAUUUACUCAAGGCUUUACAGGGAGUAUGUUACAUUGCUCAACAUAUUAAAGAUGCUGAUAAAGAUAAAGAAGUGAUUGAAGAUUGGAAGUUCGUAUCUAUGGUUUUCGACCGGUUCUUUUUGUGGGUGUUUACAUUAGCCUGUAUCGUGGGCACGUGCGCCAUUAUAUUCCAAGCUCCGUCACUCUAUGAUCAGAGAGCACCUAUAGACUUCCAAUUGUCAUCCAUUCCCAGACGGAGAAGUAAUUUGGCACUUCCCCACGAAAUCGACUUUUAUGAACGUACUUACGGAUCCGGUUAAAUUAUACUUCUUAAUAUUAGCCUAUCUAGAGGUUAUGUAUUAUUUUUUGUGUUGACCACUCAUAUAUUAUGAUAAUUCCAUUAAUUAGAAUAAUAUAGAUAUUGCGUCAAACGAAGGCUAUGACGUAAAACACAAGUCCCCCGACACAAUCACGGAUAACGACAAUAAAAAAAAAAAUAUAUAUAUAUAUAUAUAUUUUUUAUAUUAAUAUAUAUAUAUAUAUAUAUAUUAAUAGUAAAACCAAAUAGCGAUUGCCUGGAAAUAACGCGUCACCAGAUAAACCUGUUGUUGCAUAGGCAUGCGCCUUGUCUUCGUUUAUUUUUGUAGCCGGCAAACUUGUCCUCGAGCUUCAUACAUUGACCUACUAAAUUAAUUUGCGUCUCUAUGUUGUUAAAAGCUCUGCAAAAUGGUCUUAAGCUUUUUUUUUAUUUCUUUACAAUGUUGACUUCUAUUUCUGUACUUGUUAGUAUUUUAAGUUUCAUUGUGAAUAUAAACCAUGUAGCGACAUAUUCAUGAAUUCCUUUGUAGAAAUUAUGAUAUUAAUAAUAAAACCAACAAUCGUCUUUA